AUCUAAGUGGAAAUGCUCUCGGAGGCAAUAUGUCUAUACCGGAAUUCAUCGGUUCUCUCAAGAGCUUGACUUAUCUCGACCUCUCGAACAUGAAUUUCGUUGGUCAAGUGCCUCCUCAGCUAGGCAACCUCACCAAACUGGCAUACCUCGACAUUCACAAGGAUUUCUUUUAUGCAUAUGCAUGUGCAUUUUUAUCGGAUGUUUCAUGGUUAGCAAGUCUUCACUCUCUGCAGCAUCUCGACAUGAGCGGUGUGAAUCUUAGUGCAGCAGUUGGCUGGGUACAUGCGCUGAACAAGCUUCCAAAUUUGAGAGCACUAUAUCUCAGCAAUUGUGGACUUAAUAGUUCCAUCCCGUCACUUCGACACCAUAACCUUACGGUUCUGGAGAAACUUGAUCUCUCCCGUAACCCUUUUAACAGCCCCGCUGCACCCAAUUGGUACUGGGAUGUAACUAGCCUCAAGGUUCUAGACAUAGAAAGCUGUGAAUUGUCAGGGGCCUUUCCUGAUGAGUUGGGAAACUUGACCAUGUUAGAGGACCUUGAUAUGGGAUGGAAUAACAUCGAGGGGAUGAUACCAGCAACACUGAAAAACCUGUGCAGGCUACAGGUGGUAUACCUCGCCGAAAACAACAUUGGUGGUGAUGUAACAGAUCUAAUAGAAAGGUUACCGAACUGUUCAUGGAAUAGCUUGCAAGAGUUAAUUUUAUUUGAGACCAACAUUACCGGCACGACAUUAAAAUUGUUACUCAACCUCACUGCCUUAAGCACAAUUUUCCUUCAUCGAAACCACUUGAGUGGUUCUGUGCCUAUGGAGAUAGGAACACUAAAAAAUUUGACUGAACUGCAUAUUGGCAAUAACAACUUUAGUGGUGUGAUAUCAGAAACUCACUUCUCUGGUUUGUGGAAUUUGAAGUCCAUUGACUUAUCUUAUACUUAUCUUCAAGUCAAGGUGGACUCGGAUUGGGAACCUCCGUUCAACUUGGACAGGGCAUUUCUUUCAUCUUGUCAUUUGGAUCUCCAGAUUCCUAAUUGGCUUCGAUGGCCAAAGAGCAUCUCAUAUCUUGAGAUGUCGGAUGCAGGUCUCAUUGGUAGGAUCCCAGAUUGGUUUUGGACUACAUUUUCAAAUGCCUGGCUCCUGGACCUCUCUUAUAACCAAAUUAGCGGUGAGUUACCACUUAGUUUGGAGUUCAUGGCAGUCGAAGAGAUUUUUCUCCAGUCAAAUCGUUUAGUUGGUUCAAUACCACAGUUACCAAGAAGCAUUGAGCUAUUAGACAUCUCUGAAAAUUCUAUAAGUCGACAUCUGCCAACAAAUUUUGGAGCUCCAGAUUUACAGGUUGCGGUUCUGUUUUCUAAUUGUUUAACUGGGUUCAUUCCAUACUCUAUUUGUCAAUCGCCUCACUUGCGGGUUUUAGAUCUUUCGAACAACCUUCUAAUAGGGGGGCUACCUGAUUGUCGCAAAAAAGAGCUGAAACAAAUGAACCCAUAUAGCAACAACUCGUCAAGGGUCAACUCUGCAAAUUCUUAUAGAUUGAAAAUCCAUACUCUCCGUUUAAACAACAACAGUCUUUCAGGUGGAUUUCCAUUAUUCUUGAAACAAUGCUAAAAUCUUGUAUUCCUGGAUCUAACUCAAAACAG